AUGGCGCUACAGAUCGGCUCUGCCCAUCCGCCUCACAAUUUCAACCACCGCAACUUCCGUUGCCGGCGAACCACCUCGCCGUCGAUCACGAUGGCCACCGCGACGGCGAACGCUCCGGAGAUGACGAGGAAACAUCUCUCGAACCUCGAGAAGUUGCUUUACACGCAAACGGGCGCAAACCCGGCCGAUCCGAAACCCGAUUUAAGGGUGGAGGAGGAGGGGGCGAACCGGGGCAGGGGCCGCCUUUUUGAUGGGCUGAGAUUGGACCGGAUUUGGCCGGAGAAGGCGGCCGCGGAGGAAAUGUCUCCCCGGAACUUGAAAAAACUGCAGAGGCUUUUGUCGAUGUCGAACCAGGAAUAUUCCCCGCGGAGUAGUCUUUCCAGCCGGUGGCGGGAGUACCACGGCGGGGAUGAUUGGGCGGGUUUGCUUGACCCGCUCGACGACAAUCUCCGGCGGGAGCUUAUUCGGUACGGGGAGUUCAUUCAAGCGGCCUACCAUUGCUUCCACUCUAGCCCCGCCACGUCUGCGGAUGAGGGCCCGCAUCAUCCGCGGAGAGUGGCGUUGCCCGACAAGUCAUAUAAGGUGACCAAGAGCCUCUACGCCACGUCGUCCAUCGGUUUGCCCAAGUGGGUGGAUGACGUGGCGCCAGAUCUCGGCUGGAUGACUCAGAGGUCCAGCUGGAUCGGGUACGUGGCGGUGUGCGACGACAAGAGGGAGAUCCAACGGAUGGGAAGACGGGACAUUGUGAUCGCAUUGCGCGGGACGGCCACGUGUCUCGAAUGGGUCGAAAAUGUUCGGGAUUUACUCGUUCCGAUUCCGGGUCAAGACGGUCAGAACCCGGUCCAAUCCAAAGUGGAAUGUGGGUUUUUGAACUUGUACCAAACUAAUGGAGAAAAUGUCCCAAGUUUAGCCCAAUCAGUCGUGGAUGAAGUCCAAAGGCUAAUAGAACAGUACAAAGGCGAACCGUUAAGCAUCACGGUAACGGGCCACAGUUUAGGCGCAGCUUUAGCGUUAUUAGUAGCCGAUGAGAUUAGUACUUGCACACCAUAUGCACCUCCCGUUGCGGUUUUCGGUUUCGGGUGCCCGAGAGUGGGAAACCGAGGCUUUGCCAAUCGCGUAAGUUCCAAAAAUGUCAAGGUACUGAGAAUAGUGAACAAACAAGACGUGAUCACAAAAGUUCCAGGCAUGUUCGUGAACGAAACUUUAGACAAAAAGUUACGAGAAUCGGAGACGACGAGUGAGCUUCUGAACAAACUCGACGAGAACAUGCCAUGGGCAUACUCUCACGUCGGGACUGAAUUGAGAGUCGAUACAACAAUGUCACCGUUUCUGAAACCGGACGCAGAUGUAGCGUGUUGUCACGACUUGGAGGCGUACUUGCAUUUGGUGGAUGGAUUCUUGGCUUCCGACCGGCCUUUUCGGUCGAAUGCCAAAAGAAGUAUUGCGAGGCUCCUAAAUGAACAAAGAUCUAAUAUUAAGAAAUUGUAUACAAGCAAGGCAAAGGGCUUAAGCAACCUAAGCCUUGAAAGAGAUUAUAAUAAGCAUUUUACUUCUCCUACAUGUUUGCCUAGUCCAUCUUAAUGCAUGGACUUGUUGGAAAUUACUGUAAUAGAAAUGUGGAUAUGUAUUUCUUGUACUCUUGACAUUAAAGUUGGGUUGUUAUU